UAAGUCCCUGCUAAUAGGGCUGCCCCGCGGGCGGGGCCGGCUUCCCGGGGCGCCCCUGACAGCUGCGGGAGCUAGCCCCUACCUAGGAGCUGGACCGGCCCCACCACCCCUCUGGUGACCGGGCCCCGGUGCGCUGGUCCAUGCUGGUCCCCGCCUUUGUUCUCGGGCCGGAGCGGGGACAUGCACGGCUGACGAUGGAAGUGGAGGACUCGGGCGGCGUGGUGUUGACCGCCUACCACUCGUACGCUCGCUCUCAGCCGCCCAGCUCCGAGCCGCGCUGUGCGCCCAGGGCCGCCGCCAGCCACCCGGGCAGCAGAAAAUCUAUUCCUCGCUGCCGAAGAAUUAACAGAAUGCUCUCCAAUGAGUCCCUACAUUCGCCUGCAUUUAACCGUUCCAACUCACAAGCCUCCAUAGACAGCACCUCCAUGGAGGACUUCUUGCGGGAAAUAGAAAGCAUUAAAGAGAGUAGCAUGAGAGCACAGGAAGAGCAGAUACCAGCUGAGGUCAAGCCUGUGGAUGAAGGAGAACUCGAAGCAGAGUGGUUGCAAGAUGUGGGUUUAUCAACCUUGAUCUCGGGUAAUGAAGAGGAGGAUGGCAAAGCCUUGCUCUCUACGCUGACUCGAACCCAAGCAGCUGCAGUGAAAAAGAGAUACAAUACUUACACUCAAACCAUGAGAAAAAAGAACAAGCAAUCUGUUAGGGAUGUCAGAGACAUCUUUGGAGUCAGCGAAUCUCCUCCAGAUGAUUUUUGUUGUAUCCCAGCUCCUCUUUUGGAAAUGAUCCUGGAUGAAGAAGUGAUAUCAGCAAUUCCCUGCAGAAAUGGUCAACUGCCAGAUGAUACCUGUGACAAUCAUACUGCUCAGUUGGAUGGUCCCCAGGAGGAAAAAGAGCUGCCAGGAGUUAUGAAAACAAGUGAUUCCUUGCCAGAUGAUGCUUCUCUCAACAGUACCGCCCUGUCAGAUGGGUCCCCAGAUGAAGAAGGGAGUUUUACAGUUCCCAGGAGUGGCUCUGUGUCUAUACUUGAGACCAUUCCAGCUCUACCAGUUCAUUCCAAUGGAUCUCCAGACCCUGGACAGUCAGUUCAGAAUGCAGUGAGUGAUGAUGUUUAUCUGGAAAAGAACAUUCCACCAGAAACUGAAGAGCUGUCCUUCGAAGUAUCUUAUUCAGAAAUGGUUACAGAGAUUCCAAAAAGAAACAAAUUUAAGAAGUCCGAAUUUAAGAAAGAGGACUUCACCUUAACUAAAUUUAUUGUCCAGAAAACCAGAUUCGGUCUAACUGAAGCAGGAGACCUGUCUUCUGAAGAUAUGAAGAAGAUCCGCCAUCUGUCUCUGAUUGAACUGACCGCCUUUUUUGAUGCCUUUGGAAUCCAACUGAAAAGAAACAAAACUGAGAGAGUAAAAGGACGAGACACUGGGAUUUUUGGAGUUCCGCUCACAGUCCUGCUGGACAAUGACCGAAAGAAGGAUCCUGGAGUGAAGGUUCCCCUGGUGUUGCAAAAAUUUUUUGAGAAAGUUGAGGAAUCAGGCCUGGAAUCUGAAGGAAUUUUUCGACUUUCUGGAUGUACCGCCAAAGUCAAGCAAUACCGUGAAGAACUGGAUGCCAAGUUUAAUUCUGAUAAAUUUAAAUGGGACAGAAUGUGCCAUAGAGAAGCUGCAGUAAUGUUGAAAGCAUUUUUCAGAGAACUACCCACCUCUCUCUUCCCCGUGGAAUAUAUACCUGCCUUCAUCACUCUAAUGGAAAGAGGGCCUCCCAUCAAAGUACAGUUUCAAGCUUUACACCUCAUGGUCAUGGCACUGCCCGAUGCCAACAGGGACACAGCUCAGGCCCUCAUGACAUUCUUCAAUAAAGUGAUUGCCAACGAAUCAAAAAACCGAAUGAGUGUAUGGAACAUUUCUACUGUAAUGGCACCAAACCUUUUCUUCAGUCGAAGCAAACAUUCUGAUUAUGAAGAACUACAGUUAGCAAACACUGCAGCCCACAUCAUCCGCCUAAUGCUUAAAUACCAAAAGAUUCUGUGGAAGGUUCCAUCUUUCCUAAUCAUGCAAGUCAGGAGAAUGAACGAAGCUACAAUGCUGUUAAAGAAGCAGCUCCCAAGUGUCAGAAAGUUGCUGAGGAGGAAGACCAUAGAACGAGAGGUUAUAAGCCCCAAGACUUCAAAGGUACUACAAAAAUCACCCUCUUCAAGAAGAAUGUCUGACGUGCCGGAAGGAGUCAUAAGGGUCCAUGCUCCACUUCUCUCUAAGGUGUCCAUGGCCAUUCAACUCAAUAGUCACACCAAAGCCAAAGACAUACUGGCAAAAUUUCAAUAUGAGAACAGUUAUGGUUCGUCAGAAUGCAUUAAGAUUCAGAACCAACGGUUAUAUGAAAUUGGAGGAAAUAUAGGGCAGCAUUGCUUGGAUCCAGAUGCUUAUAUAUUGGAUGUAUAUCAUGUCAAUCCUCAAGCAGAGUGGGUGAUUAAACCCCAACCAAGUUUUUGAAACACCCUCCAGGAUGGCAGCUAUCAUGUAUCACAUGCCAAGAAGAUUCUGCAUGUGGUAGGGAAAAAAACAAGACUACUUUUGACAUGUUUGCUCCAAUAACUCUCUUGGUGUUCCUCAGCCCAAGUGGUGUCUCCCAGCAUUGUCAACAUGAACCAUGGAGGAGGCACUGGUUGGCUGUUUGAGCUGGGGCUUUCUCCUAUGAUUCCUUGAUAAGAGUGAAGGAAAGAUGAUGCGAUCCUUCCAGAAGAAAGGCCAAUCUAGUAUGUGGAACUCUAAUCAUUUCUAGUACUUUGGUUUCAUAUCAGAAACGAAUUUGGCCCUAUACCUAGAAAUAAGAAACACUUCUUUAUGUAGCAAAUGCUACCAAAGACAAAAGGUAGAAGAGAAUUGUUUUCAUACCUGUGUUAUAUACAUAGGUGGACCUUUUUGAACAAGAAUGCCAGAAAUAUCAAUAAUUUUUGCUCUGUAAAAUAAUCCAGAUCUACUUUUCAAAGGGAAUCGGUUCCUAAAGUUAUGCAUACAAUAUUUAUGCUCUGACUUGCUCCCAAAUUGGAGGAGGGCGAACUCCUGUUGAAGGAACACUGUAUUGUUAUGUAUGUUGUACUGUAUUAUGACUAUCAGCAUUCUGGUGCAAAUGACCAUUUCUCUAUCGUGGACUAUUGAAAAUUGAUAAUUUUAAAGCUUUUCUGAGGAGCACUGGUCCGUAUAGCAAAGGUUAGUAUGAAAGAGGGUGUCCUUAUUCUUUCGUGACCUUCUGCGUGGUUAAUAGUCACAGAACCACUAUUUUCUCCUCAUGAUUCUGGUGCUCAACGAAUAGCUUUCUCUGUGCCAGACACAGAUUUCCUUUCCUGAUCAAACAUAUCAUUUUUUAUAUUUCACAACUGUAGAUAGUCACUUCUGCCACCCCAAUUUAAAAAUAUAGAACUGCCUUUAUCCAACUGUUCUUUAUCCAAGAAUACUGAAAAAUAGUGUCAUAUCCAGAUUUUAUAUGCUGUAAAAGCAUAUUUUGUUUCUGUUCAUCAACCAUAGACAUGGCCAAGCACUGUGGACUAGCCUCAGGCUUUAAAAUCAGAUGCAGUUUUGGUGAGCUGGAAACUGUCUCACUGUGAAGAUCCUGUGGAGGCAUUUUCCAGACCGGCACUUGGUGAGAACAUACAGUUCUCCACGAGCUAAUGGAGAGCAAAUCUGAAAUGUGCCAAGGGGUCAGACGGCUCUGCCUUUCAUCUUGAGACUGCAGAUACAGUUCUUCUAGGGUCAGUAGAAUUGGGGACAGAAAUCUCAUUUAUCCCACAUGCAUGCUUUGGAUUAGAAUCCACAGAUUGAGAUUUUGAUGAAUUUGUAUCAAUUUUAAUGAGAUUUAAUGCCCAGAUGACUCUCUUUUGCAGUUCAAACAAUAAAGUUGCUCACAGAUACAGAAGACAUUUCAUCUACUUACCAAUUCUCAAAACGUAAUGUGAUGAUAACUGAAGCCCAUGUAUAGAAGAAAUCUUUUAUAUGCUGCAUUAUGCCUUGAUAUCUCUUAAAACAUUGUUUGUAUUCACCAUGUAGAUAAUUGUGUUUCUGGCCACUAAUAUUUUGUUAUAUUUUUAUAAAAAACUCAAAUAUCCAUUCA